AUGUCCACCUCUGAGAAAGACGUCAAGGCGGACGUUACUGCCAACCCAUCCAUCGAGGUCGAGUAUGCGAGCGACCCUGAUAGAGGCGGAUUUGACCAAGCCGCCACUAAGAGACUCAUCCGCAAAAUCGACUGGACCCUGAUUCCUUUCCUUGCCCUCUUGUAUCUGCUGUCCUUCUUGGACCGCACCAACAUUGGCAAUGCUCGUCUCGCUGGUCUGGAAGCGGACCUCGGCAUGAAGGGUCUUGAUUACAACGUGGCUCUGUCCGUCUUUUUCCCCUGGUAUGUCGCUGCCGAAAUUCCCUCCAACUUGGCCAUGAAGCGCUUCCGCCCUUCCAUCUGGAUACCCUCCAUUAUGGUCGCUUGGGGUGUCUGCUGCACCCUUAUGGGUCUUGUCCACAACUACCCGGGACUAUUGGCCUCUCGCAUGGCUCUCGGUCUCGCCGAGGGUGGUUUGUUCCCCGGUAUCACCUACUACAUUACUAUGUGGUACCGACGCCAUGAGUGUGGUCUCCGCAUGGCCAUCUUCUUCUCUGCUGCCACCGCUGCCGGUGCUUUCGGAGGUCUUCUUGCUCGGGGUAUUGUUGAGAUGGAUGGAGUUGGAGGCAGGCCCGGUUGGGCUUGGAUUUUCAUCCUUGAGGGUAUCCUCACUCUCGCCGUUGCUAUCGCCGCCUUCUUCAUCAUGAAUGACUACCCUGCUACUGCUAAGUUCCUCACUGUUGCCGAGAAGGAGGAAGUCACUCGUCGCCUUGAGCAGGACCGUUCUGCGCUUGCCGACGAGUUUAGCAUGGUUUACUUCAAGGACGCUCUGAAAGACUGGAAGAUUUGGGUACAUAUGUUCAUCACCAUCGGAGUCUAUACUCCUCUGUACUCCUACUCCCUCUUCCUCCCCACGAUCGUCAGCGGAUUGGGUUACACCAAUGAGACGGCCCAGUUGAUGACUGUACCCCCUUAUAUCGUGGCCUGCGCCUGCUGUAUCGGCGGCGGGUGGUUGGCUGAUCGUCACCGCCAACGCGGUAUCUACAUGAUCUUCUUCUGUCUUGUUGGUAUGGCUGGCUUCAUCAUGCUUCUAUCUUCCCAGAGCAAUGGUGUCAAAUAUGCUGGUUGUUUCUUUGCUGCCUCCGGCAUCUACCCCAACGUCCCUCAAGGAGUCGCCUGGAACGGCAACAACAUUGGGGGUUCAGUCAAGCGGGGCGUUGGUAUUGCUAUGCAUGUCGGUUUCGGUAACCUUGGUGGUGCCAUCGCUGGUUUCCUCUACCAGGCCAAGGACAAACCCCACUACUACCCCGGCCAUGGCACGCUAUUAUCGACAUUGACCAUGUCCAUGUGCCUCUCUAUCUUUAUGACCCUUUACUUGCGUCGCGAGAACGCCCGCCGAGACCGCGAGUACAAGGACCCUGCUCAGUACACUGCCGAGGAGAGAGCCGCUGAACGCCACAAGGGUGACAAUGCUACCUUUUUCCGAUACACCGUCUAA